AGCGAGUUAGAGACGCAUUUACCGUUGACAAGUGAUUAAUAACGUGGCUUCUUUAGUCGUCAAUAACAAAUAAAAUAUUUCUAUUAAAGUACUGUUAUAGUACUUUGAUUGCUAUCACGAGACAGUACUUUUUCUUAAAUCACAAUGGACACGGAUCCAAUUACGACAUCUUAUACGUCAACCGUAACUUUUUCUCUGCUGAUGCUCGUUGCAGUGUUAAUUGCAGCGUACUAUUACAUCGAAACCUCUCGAGCAGUUCGUCUAAUAAAAAAACUACCAACAGGCCCACCAUCCGUACCUAUACUAGGUCAUUCAUUAAUACCUCUUACAUGGCCUCCCGAAUUAAUGGUAGAGAAAGUUAUUGAAUUUUAUGAAAAGUAUGGAGGUACAGGAGGCGCGUAUUUCGGUACAAAAACAGUAGCCUUUAUAACAGAUCCACAAGAUAUUGAAAUAAUCUUGAGUAGUUCUGUGCAUAUCGACAAAGCCAAGGAAUAUGAAUACUUCAAACCGUGGCUUGGAGACGGUUUGCUGAUCACAAAAGGCGACAAAUGGCGCAGACAUAGAAAGGUGAUUGCGUCCACGUUUCAUAUGAACAUCUUGAAGACGUUUGUACCUUUAUUUUAUGAAAACAGCAUAGAUCUCGUGAACCGGCUUCGGGAUAAAGUUGGGAAGAAAUUCGAUUGCCACGAUUAUCUGUCAGCCGUAACGGUUGAUAUUUUGACAGAAACAGCGAUGGGAGUUAAAAAAGAAAAAAGACAGAAAACCGGAUAUGAAUAUGCCAUGGCUGUGAUGAAGUACACAUUGUUUCUUUCUUAUAAUUACACACUGAGCGAUAUCAUACAUCGAAGACAGUAUAAUGUAUUGUUACGAUAUGACAUGCUUUACAAAUACUCGAAGUUUGCAAAACUCCAGGAGAAACUGCUUAAUAUUGUUCAUACAUUGACAGAACAUGUGAUCAAAGAGAAAGCAAAGGACUUCGAAGAAAAACUUGUAAAAGAUCAACAAGUAAAGGAAGUGCAGAACGUUAAACCAAUGGAAAAAUCAAAUCCGACCAAAAAUAUGGAACAUGCUAAAAACAAAGCCGCUAAUUAUAUGCAUUACGUAAGAGAUGACCUCGAUGAUAUCGAUGAGAAUGACAUAGGUGAGAAAAAGCGACUCGCUUUCCUAGAAAUGAUGUUCGAAUUGAAAAAAAAUGGGCAAAUGACUGACGAGGAGAUCUGGGAGGAAGUAAACACCAUUAUGUUUGAGGGUCAUGAUACCACGGCGGCUGGCUCGAGUUUUGCACUUUGUAUCUUAGGAAACCAUCCAGAUAUUCAGGCUCGCGUGCACGAAGAAUUGGACACGAUUUUUGGUGAUAGCGACAGACAAUGUACUUUCCAAGAUACUUUAAAGAUGAAAUAUCUCGAGAGAGUUAUUAUGGAAACUUUGAGACUUUUCCCACCGGUACCUUUAAUUGCCAGGCAUCUAAACGAGGAUGUAAAAAUAGUUACAGGUGAUUAUAUUCUUCCAAAGUCUACCACAGUACUGAUCGUACAGUUCAUAACGCAUCGGUUGGAGAAAUAUUAUCCAAAUCCAACAGUUUUCAAUCCAGAUAACUUUUUACCGGAAAUAAUGCAGCAAAGACAUUAUUAUGCUUACAUUCCUUUCAGUGCUGGGCCAAGGUCCUGCGUGGGGCGGAAAUAUGCUGUGUUGAAACUGAAAGUUUUGUUAUCGACGAUACUGAGGAAUUACCGUAUUAUUUCUGAUACGCCCGACAAAGAUUUCCACCUACGAGGUGAUAUUAUUCUGAAAAGACAUGAUGGAUUCAAUAUCAAAAUCGAGCCGCGCAAACCAGCAUCUCGUAAAGAAGAAUAACCGGAGCAAUGAACAAUCCCAUAUUAACAAUCCCAUAUCCGCGCAAAGCAUAAUUUAAUCAAAUAUAAAUAUAUCGAUGGAUGUACUUUAGUAAAAA